AUGACUCUACAUCUGCCGCCAACCAAAAUCGUCAUUUCCAACGAGGAAACCGGCACCGCUCUGACAUCUGUCGUGGGACCGUUUCCAGAAGGCGCUUCCUUCACUCUGCGCUGCGACGUUUCCGGAGGAAAACCACCUCCAAAAGUGUUAUGGUUCAUUAACGACCAACCAGUACAGAACACAAGCAGAAUGGGAGUAUCCUCCUCAACAACCACGACCUCUCCGAGUUUAAGAACAGUGAGGAGUGAACUAAGAAUCACAAACUUAAGUAGGAAAGAUGUCCAUUCCGAACUAACCUGUCAAGCCACUAACAACAACAAAACUGGGCCAUUAGCAGCUACAUUGCACGUGGAUAUGAACUUUGGUCCUUUGGAUGUUAAACUUCUUGGACCCAAUCCUCCACUUUCUGCAGGAAGAAAAUACGAACUUCUAUGCCAGAGUACUGGUUCAAGGCCACCGGCUACGAUAACUUGGUGGAAGAAUGGUCAAAGAUUGGAGAGAAGUAAGGAUUUGACCUCAAACGAUGGAAAUAUGACAACGUCGAUUUCGUUCGUGCCGAAAAAGGAGGAUGAUGGAAAGUAUUUAUCUUGCCGGGCGGAAAAUAAAGUAAUGUCAUCCGAAAAUUUGGAAGAUGGAUGGAAGCUGGAGAUACAUUAUACGCCCGAGGCCCGGAUCAUUUUGGGAACGUCCCUUAAUCCGGACGCUGUGCGAGAGGGGACCGAUGUGUAUUUUGAUUGCAUCAUUAGCGCUCACCCGCCCGUGUACAAGGUCGAAUGGAGGCAUAACGGUAGACAUCUUCAAAUCAACGUCAAUUCUGGGAUAAUUAUCAGCAACCAGAGUUUAGUUCUUCAAGGAGUGUCUAGAGCAACUGCAGGCAACUACACGUGUGUGGGUUACAACACAGAAGGAGAUGGUGAAAGCAACGCUUUCUAUUUGAACGUUAUGUACGCGCCUACCUGCAGACCGGACCAGACCAGGAUUUACGGCGUGGCGAAGCAGGAAAGGGCCGAGAUUGUUUGUCAAGUGGACGCCAACCCUCCGGAGGUUCAGUUCAGAUGGACUUUUAACAACUCCGCUGACUCAGUAGAUGUUUCACAAGCUCACAUAGCCAAGAGUGGUACUUCUAGUGUCGUCUCAUACACACCAAUCACCGAACUGGAUUAUGGUACCCUUCUCUGUUAUGCUUCAAAUAGAAUAGGAGCCCAGAGAGUACCAUGUGUGUUUCACAUCAUUGCAGCAGGUAGACCGGACCAAGUUCACAAUUGUACAAUCCUCAACGUUUCUAUGACGUCAUUUCAAGUGAGAUGCACAGAAGGGUUUAAUGGAGGACUUACACAAGCAUUUUUACUAGAGUUGAAAGAAAGUCAGUCCCAGGUACUGAAAGACAACCUUACCGCCCCUAUAGCGAGGUUUUCAGUCAGCAAUCUGGAGCCAGGAGCGCAGUACCAGGCGGUUCUCUUUGCAUACAAUUCCAAAGGACGAAGCGAACCGGUCAUUUUGCCCUCAACUUUGAGGCUACCGGAAAACAGCUCACAGCAGAAGAGUUUAGCAUAUCCCCACCCGCAAGUACUAAAGCCUCUGAUUUCGAGGCAUCAAGUUAAAGUUAAAGAUACGCACAGGGCCACAUUCAAAUUUACACCACUAAUGAGCGUCAUUAUAGGUGUAGUGUCCGCACUACUAAUAGUGCUUUUAGUGGUGAUAUUAGUGCUCAGGCUUCAGUGCACGCAGAACGGCGAUCACAGGAGAAAGCGACACCAACAACACAAAAACAACGUCGUUUCUGGUGGUAGUUUGGAGCACAGGGGUAGCGGAAGUGGGGCAACACUCAGUGAUAAAGGGGGUGGCAGUCCAAUAUCCAAACACGAGUCCAGUGCAGGGGAGUGUGACAGUGAUGAGAAAAACCCGGAUAUAAUCCCGCAACCUGUCGACGCCACUGACGAUUGUGGAUCGGACUAUUCCCGGAAAAAGCAGCACGUGUCCACGAUAGAAACAUCGUCUCCCAGCAGGAGCCUCCUGCACCAAGCGGCAGGAAAUUCGGGCUAUAUGGGAUAUUGCACGCUGAGGAAUGGGAUGCCAUUGCACGAUCUAAACGCUCAACCAAAACUGUUACCUGGUCCAGCUCAAAUGAUGGGACCUUACAACACCUCCUGCACAUUACCCAGGCAACCCCCGCAGCAGUGGCAGUACGGCCCUGUCAGUCACUUACCGCCAGGAAUGUACCCAGUGGCGUACAGAAACGCGCCCAUAGCUCAACAGAGAUUAAGAUCUACUCAAACAAGGGAACCCCCUAUACCGAUGCAACCGCUGACAGGCACGGCAGACGAGGAACCGUCUCCAGAGACUCCUCUGAUGGCCAACAAGCGCGAGAGCACCGUUUGACAGAUGACGGAAUUAUAAAUAGAACUAGACGGCGACUUAGUCUGAAAUCAAAGUG